AGCAGCUCGUGCGUAGCUGGUUGUCCCGAGCAGAAAGCGGGGCAGGAUCGCGGGCGCUGCACGAACCGAGGGGCGGAUAAUCGCGCGGCUGUGUUUUUCAAUGCGAAACGGAGGAAACACUGAAUCCACCAGCACCGAGGCACCUUUUUUUUUUAGCUCGCUGUUUUUCCCCUUGUUCUCCAGCGACCUCGGUGUGCGCUCUCUCGGGUUUGGUCCGAGAAACAAAAGCGAAAAAAGCAGUGAAGGUGUUUGUGUGGUUGUAGAUCAGGACUCGAGGGAGGGGAGGGGAGGGGAGGCGGCGCGGUAUGAACGCCCGCUCACCGGCCCUGCUGUGGGUGAGAGAGCAGGCAGCGCUCCGUGUAACCGCGACACGCACCGAGCAACAAAGACGCGGUUACUUUCAUGUCCGUUAACUCGUCCUCAGAUUGAACCCGCGCUCAAAGAGAAAGAACAAGGGAUAAGGCUACGGUUUGAUCUCUGGAGCUCUCGUGUGUGUGUGUGUGUGUGUGUGUGUGUGUGUGUGAGAGAGAGAGAGAACAUAAAAAAGCCACGAUGAUGCCCUCGAUCGCCGUCCAGAUCCUUCUUCUCGGCUUGUGCGUGAGCAGAGCCGCGGCUCAGCCAGCGUCCACCCCGGCCGUGUGCGCACCCGCGUGCCGCUGCGACGGAGACGGAGGCGCUGACUGCUCCGGGAGAGGACUGAGCUCCGUGCCGAACGGCCUCAGCGCCUUCACCUACUACCUUGACCUCAGCAUGAACAACAUCACAGAGCUGCCUGCGAAUGUGUUCAAGAACCUGCCGUACCUGGAGGAACUAAAGACUGGAGUGAUAAAGAACCGAGUUAACCCCGGUGCAGUGGGACAGUACAGCAGGGAACGAUGUGGUCACAAACAGUUCUGUCACGUGGAUGUAACUCAGUUCUGUCACGUGGAUGUAACUCAGUUCUGUCACGUGGAUGUAACUCAGUUCAGUCACGUGGAUGUAACUCAGUUCUGUCACGUGGAUGUAACUCAGUUCUGUCACGUGGAUGUAACUCAGUUCAGUCACGUGGAUGUAACUCAGUUCUGUCACGUGGAUGUAACUCAGUUCUGUCACGUGGAUGUAACUCAGUUCAGUCACGUGGAUGUAACUCAGUUCUGUCACGUGGAUGUAACUCAGUUCUGUCACGUGGAUGUAACUCAGUUCUGUCACGUGGAUGUAACUCAGUUCAGUCACGUGGAUGUAACUCAGUUCUGUCACGUGGAUGUAACUCAGUUCAGUCACGUGGAUGUAACUCAGUUCUGUCACGUGGAUGUAACUCAGUUCUGUCACGUGGAUGUAACUCAGUUCUGUCACGUGGAUGGAACUCAGUUCUGUCACGUGGAUGGAACUCAGUUCUGUCACGUGGAUGUAACUCAGUUCUGUCACGUGGAUGUAACUCAGUUCUGUCACGUGGAUGUAACUCAGUUCUGUCACGUGGAUGUAACUCAGUUCAGUCACGUGGAUGUAACUCAGUUCAGUCACGUGGAUGUAACUCAGUUCAGUCACGUGGAUGUAACUCAGUUCUGUCACGUGGAUGUAACUCAGUUCUGUCACGUGGAUGUAACUCAGUUCUGUCACGUGGAUGUAACUCAGUUCUGUCACGUGGAUCUGCGUGGUGCCAGUAUGAUGCAGGACUUCCCCAGUCUGUCUGGAACAGGGAACCUCGAGAGCCUCACCCUAACAGGCACAAAGAUCAGAGCCGUACCGUCAGAUCUGUGUGAGGAUCUCUCAGUUCUCCGGACUUUAGAUCUUUCCUACAAUGAGAUUGAAGAGCUGCCUUCCUUGCAGGGUUGUGUGAGUCUUCAGGACAUAACGCUGCAGCAGAACCACAUACAGCAGCUGGAGCGUGACACUUUCCUUGGCCUAACCAACCUCAGAAUCCUAGACCUGAGCAGGAACGAGCUGAAGUUCAUCCACCCAGAUGCUUUCCACUCUCUCAGCGCUCUGACCAGCCUGGAUCUGAGCAUGAAUCUUUUAGCCAGUGUUCCUACCGCCGGACUAAACGCACUGAACCAGAUCAAGCUGACAGGCAACAUGAACAUGAGGAGCAGCCUGAGCGCCGUCGGCCUCCCCAAGCUCAGGUCUAUAUCAGUGCCGUAUGCAUAUCAGUGCUGUGCUUUCAUUGCUUGUGAUGGCACACGGAGUUCCUUGGAAAGAGAGGACAGGAGGAAAGGAAUAGGUGUGGUUGAGGAGAUGGAGAGGCCUGCCCUGCUCAUGCAUUGUUCUCCUUCUCCAGGUGCAUUUAAGCCGUGCGCCCACCUGCUUGGCAGCUGGAUGAUUCGCCUGACUAUAUGGUUCAUCUGCCUGGUGGCUCUCCUGUUUAACUGCCUCGUCCUGGUUGCAACCCUUUCUCCACAGAGCUGUCGGCUUUCACCCACCCGCAUGCUUGUGAGCAUCCUAGCAUCAUCCAACCUGCUCACAGGUUUCUACGUGACUGCACUGGUAGUCGUGGAUGCCGCCACCUGGGGCUCGUUUGCAUCCUAUGGCGUGUGGUGGGAGACGAGUGUUGGGUGCCAGGCGCUCAGCAUGCUGGCCAUGUUCUCAUCCGAGUGGGCUGUCCUGGUGUUGCCUCUGGCCGCUGUGGAGCGCAGCCUGGCUGUCCAGGCACUGAUGGGUAAAGCGGGAGCACUGAGAAGCUGCGACCGAAGGGGUCAGAGAAGGAAGUUUGGACUGGCUGCAGGACUUCUGGGUGUACUGGCAGCUGGGGUAGCAUUUUUAAGCCUAUAUCAAGGAGCAGUAGAGGGUUCUCCACUGUGCCUGCCCUUCUCUGGAGGUUUGGCACCUGGGCUGGGUGUGACAGUGGCACUGGUGUUGCUGAACACACUUGCAUACCUGUUGAGCGCCGUGAUAUACACAAGGCUCUACUGUGGUCUGGGCCGGGCACAGCUUGCCGAUCCAGAACAAGCAGGUUCUGUGAGGCACGUCGCGUGGCUUAUUUUUACCAAUUGCAUCUUCUUCUGCCCUGUUGCAGCCUUCUCCUUUGCCCCAUUGCUGACCGGGAUGGGAAGUGCAGCCGGAAGCCCGGACAUGGCAAAAUCAGUUACGUUGAUCUUCUUUCCUCUGUCUGCUUGCCUGAACCCAGUGCUGUAUGUGUGCUUCAGCCCUGCCUUCCGGCACGACUGGCUCCGGCUAAGGGGGCGGCUCAGAUUCGGGAGAGUUGGGAAAGCCAUUGGGACCGGUCCAGUGGGCAUCACCGGAUCAGCUGAAGGUGAAGUCUCGAGUGAACUGGGCUACGAAUGUGGCAUGUGCGAACGCUGCGAGGCAGCUCUUCUAGCAAGAGCAUCUUCAUCGUCUGCCUCGUCGUCUUCCUCUUCCUCCUGCACAUGCAGACAUUUAGUGAAGUGGCACAGUUGCCCGGCGCUUACAGCAGGUGAGGUUCCAUGCUCGCAUUCCGAGGGUGACUGGGCCGACUGCGGUACUCUGUCAGCGCACUCGGAAUACGCAGACGAGGGAGAUUCGUUUGUAUCGGACAGCUCGGAGCAGGCGCAAGCAUGCGGCCGCGCCUGUUUCUGCCAGAGUCGUGGCUUACCUUUAGUGCAUUACUCUUACAACAUGCCCAGCAUUAAAGACUGAGAAUGAGUCACUGCAAACACACACACACACACACACACACUUUUUACAUGUUCACUUAUUCACUACAGAGUGUCUGCCUCACAUGGCACACACAAGCACCGUAUAUUAGGCGAUUUGUGAUAUGCCUGGGAGCCUGAGACAUUCAACUGGCCAGGAAGCACUUUUAAACACAUCUGUGUGUGUGUGUGUAUGUGUGUGUGUGUAUGCAUACACAUGUGAAGCGAUGCUGAAGCCUCGUCAGUAACUAAAAAGGGGAACUGACAAUACGAAAAAGACUCACUGAGCCAAAUGUCAGCAGGACUUGAAUUGUUUUCUGUUUUUUUUUUUUUUUUCUUCAUGUCUGCAUGGCUGCAACGAGCUGACUGACUUCCAUAAUCCUUAAAGAACACAAAGCCGAGCGCUACCGCCCACCCCUCACUCUCCGACAGAACUUCGGUUUGCAAAGAGAUAAGCUGAGAAGCUUUUUUUGUCAUGAUUUUGUUCUUCACUGUUGGCAUUCCUUGUUUUAUUGACCUCAGCAUGUGACGAAAGUGUGGGAUCUUUACCCAUGUAGCUGCAUACGUGUACAUGUUAGUCAUGGAGAAUGUAACAUAACACAGAAACUUUUGAAGAGUGUGUCUAUUUUUACUGCCUCUUUUCUUGGAAAUUCUGCUAAUAUUUAGCACUGGCCAGCAGCCAUUCCCUCGCACUGUUCAGUCCAUCAUGUGCUUCCCCGGAGCCUUCGGCGGGGAAACGGCAGUUCGAAGGCACAAAAUAACGGACGUCGAUUCUAAUUACGUUUGUGGCGCUCUCAGCCGUAGCAGUCAUCGUUAGCAACUUAGACAUUAGCGACGGCUUUAUCGUACACUUAGUUCCCUAAUUUAUAAACAUGAAAUAUAUGUAAAAUUGUUUCAGUUAUAUUAAUGUAAAUAAUUCAGAGCUUAUGGUACUGUAUAUGACACAUGUUUGGACUUUCAUAUUGCGCCAUUCUGUCAUCACACGGAUAAAAACAAACUCAGGCCCCAUUUUUCGGAAAGGUUAUACAGCUUUGUAUAUGAUGGAAUAGAUUGCAAAUCUAAAUAUAUACUGUAGGUGUGGAAUAAAACUCUAAAGCAGGUGCUGUUAUCAGAAAAUUAUGACAUUGAUCAUUUUUCAAUAACACAUUAUGCCUAGUUGUGUUUUAUUCCUCAGAUCCAACAGCAACAUAUCAGAUAAAUCGUUUAUUCGUGUCAAAAUUUUAAUGAUUUUUGCUUUCUUUGACUAUUGUGGCACAUCCAUGAGACACUUUAUCCUGUUAUCACUCACGUUACAGCAGCUAUAAACAAUCACCAGCAUCUCUGUUUUUCUUUCUGUUGGUUAGUGAGACUAGAAAACACAGCUUAGGUUGCAAAGCACUUAAAAAUACUAAAGAAUCCUUCCAUAAAUGUUAAACAUACAUCUGGGUACAGAGGCUACGCUAUAACCGUGAUCUACAUGUUUGUCAUUGUGAACAUGGCUUCCAUUAUGAACAGGUUUUCAUUAAAAAAAAUACACAGUCAACAUUUUACAAAAGCUCAUCCUUUCAUUUGUAUUAUUGCUAAUCUAUUCUCCCUUUUUUUUUUUUUUUACUUUUUUAUAUUGCAUUUCGUCCCAGUAAUGUUUCUCACACUGGGGUCUUCAUGGACUCAACGCUCAAGAGCAUGAGCGGUUUUAUCGAUCGAUAAACGACGUUACGUUUCCUUGUCUCGUGUUCUAUUUAAGAUUUAUAUACUGCCAUAAUAACUAUAAUUUUAUAAACACCAUAUUUACCUUCUUCACCACUUACAUGUCCAGAAUGCAAACAUGUAUAUCAUCUAUACUGGUGUUUUUACCCUGAUCUCAGUGAACAGAAACCUUUCCAUGUCACUUUUCACUUCUGCAGAUAGAAUAUACCUUCAUCCAGGUUUUAUUUAGUUUCAUUUAUAUUGUUGUGUUAGACAAAUAAGCUUCCACCAGCUGAUGUUUAAGCUUAAUCUCUUAAAUGCAAUAGCAAUUAAUGUCACUAACAAAUUCCAGAUUUUCGGGUGUGUCGUUUCUGUCAUGAUUCUAUCUUUUUACGUCCAUCUGUGUUCGAGUGUUGUAAAUUAUUCGUGUAAUCGAGAAUGGGAUGCAUUGUCUAACCAUGGAAGCUACCUCUUUAACUGUAGCGGCUGCCGGUCAUGUGCAGAGUGGAUGAGAGAGUGGUGGCUCGUGUGUUUUAUGUUCUUUAUGUUUUAUGUCGACUGUAUGAUUAAUCGCGCUGUAAAUACGUCUAGUUUGUAUUGUCACUGAAUGAAAGUCACAUUUUAGUUUAUACCAAUUGUGGGAGGAAAUUGUGUACGAUAUAUAUAGUAAAUUUUGUAAAGCAAACCAUAUAAAGUAAAUUGCUUAAAGUCUGA